CACACAAGUACAAAUAACAGUACUUUCAGCACAAGAACAAUGAAGAAACACUAACUUCUCUUAAGAGUACAAGCUCACUACAUUGGAUAUAUUAAGAAAGUUCUCGUCUACCAACAGAAACAUUAAGGUUCCUGUAACCGGCUUUAAGAGACUCACACUUCCUCUGUAACCCAUUUCAACAGAGCUCCAUAUACAGCGUGGUACAGGCAGCCUAAGGUUUGUGCACAGCGCCAUGGUAACCCACAGCAAGUUUGACAGCGCAAUGAGCAGCAGCCUGUUUGACGCAAACAUGCGGCUGCCGUCUCACCGUUACAAGACCUUCAGCUCCAAACUGCAAUAUCAGAUGGUGCAACACGCUGUCCGGAAUCUUCAAGAGAGCGGCUUCUAUUGGGGCCCCAUCAGUGGCAAAGAUGCCAAUCACAUGUUAAACUCAGAGCCCAGUGGGACCUUUCUGGUCCGAGACAGCUCGGACAACCAGCACUUCUUCACACUCAGCGUCAAGACCGAGCUGGGCACCAAGAACUUGCGAGUCCAGUGUGAUAGCAAGUGCUUUUUCCUUCAGACGGACUCCAAGAGCAUCCAGUCCGUUCCUCGCUUCGAGUGUGUGCUCAAACUCGUCCAUCACUACAUGCCAUUGUCCAGGAGUCCACUGUCGAUAGGAAACUCACAAAGUGCUUACUACAUUUACUCAGGAGGUGAUAAAAUCCCCCUGGAGCUCUUGAGACCGCUACAGUGCACCAUGUCCUCUCUGCAGCAUCUGUGCAGGAAGACGGUGAACGGACAUAUAGACGUUUCCAGCAAAAGAGACCAGCUGCCUCAACAACUUAAAGACUUCCUACAGGAGUAUGACGCUCCUAUCUAAAUCGAUAGAGUGGUGGAACAUAGAUGUGGCUAUUUUGAAUGAAGAAACAAGAAGCAAUGAGGUCGUUGAAGCAAGUGUGGCAGAUGCUAAAGGCCUCUUGGUGCUUGAUGGGCUGAGUUUAUGAGAAGUAUUGAGCUCUUCAUGAUGAUUUUGAGUGCUUUCAUUACUGAAAGACCAGCUUAGCAUGGCCGGGUCUAAUGGGGGGCUAGAGGGGGCAUGGCACCCCUAGAUUGUGCUCCCAUCCAACAAAGAGACAACCAGUUGCCAACCCGAAAGAUCAAACUGCUCCCCAUAAAAGAUCACAUCCUAGUGCCGCCAAAGGCUUAGAUCAUACAUUUCUUUCUGGUCUUUCUGGAGAAGGGGGUUAUGAAGCCUGGUGGGGACACCUGCAUCCAAAACACAACAUAUGCCGGUGACUGUCAAUGCUAGUCUUUUCAACUGGGGGUAUUCUUAUGUGACUGAUGUUCAAGUGCCAUUUGUACUGUAUUUAUGCCUGUACCAGUGCCAGUAUCACCAAUCGCAGCCUCUGCACUUCCCCCGAAUCAGCAAGCCUUUUAACAGGAACCAGCCUCCGCCUUCUUCCAAGUAAAUAUUUGUGCCUUUCAAGGGAAAAGGGAAGAAGUGAGUUACUGCACACCACUGAGGCAAAGCGAACAUGCUGUUAAGAAAUUUCUUCUAGAAGGGAACAAACGAGUCAAAGAAAUGUAUAACUUGACACUGAGAAUGACACAUAUAUAUAUAUAUAUAAAUAUGGGGGUGAUUCUUACAAAACAUGUCAAGAAAAUGUGUUACUAGUUUCUUUUUAUUUUGGAUUAAAAUAGGACAAGGUCAUUUUCUUGACACGUUUUGUGAGAAUCACCCAUCAUGGACAAAUGUCAGAAUUCUGUUUAUACUUGAAAGAGUGACAACUUUGGAGAAAAAGUUUUUGGAGUUUGAGGAGGGUUAGAUCCAAAGUUGAGUUUGACAGGAAAUGUGGUUGUGUUUAAUGCCAGGAGCAGUUUAAAAGAGAUUGCUUGUUAUUGAAUGUAUUAACACACACACACUCACACAGGUGUUGUCUGUCUAAAAAAUACCCAUGUUUCACCUUGUCAUACAAGAUAUUUUUUACAUACUGUAUAUGAUGAUACAUUCAGAUCACUUAUCUUUUGUAAAGAUAUAUGGAACAUUUGUCUCGAUAAUGCAUAUUUAUAUUUAUACAACAUUUCAAUAAUUUAUUAAAGAGCACUAUUUUUGUACAAACAAACUCCAUGUUUGGUUAUUCAUUUUUAUGGCCUAUCUUUUGGAGUACAUUACCACAAGAACAGAAUACAAUACUUUGUGAAAUUUCAUUUGCGUAUGAAUCAUAGGUAUGACUGUCGUUUAUGAUUCACAUUCCAGAUUCAAAGUGGAUUCAAAGAUAUUCAUGUUAGGGAGCGGGAAUGUUCCUCCCCUCUUGGUCUGACAAGGCUGUUCCAGUAAGACUUUGAUAUGAGGAAGCUCAGGAUUACAGUCAAUGCUUUACACAGUAUUUAAGGGAACAACCUUGGAUAACAUAAGCAAAUUAUCACAAGCAAGAAAUUACAUAAAAAAAUGGUUCUAGGGCAUAAUGUGUUGGUUUCAACUGAAAAGUAAUAUCUAUAAAAUUACAUUUUCUCCUAGUGUACAUAAUUAAUGCCAUCUGAUUCUAUUUACUUGAUUUUAAAGACAUUUUUAAACCCAACCUAAGUUGUUACCUAACGUAAUUGUUAAUUAUGAACUGUUGUCUCUGGCCACUUGUUGGCUGCGAUCAAACUCGUUGAUUAAAAAAAGUGUUGAAUUAUUCUUUAAAUAAUUUCAUAUAUAGGCACAAUUCAUAUUCAUAUAUUAGUCUACAAAAAAACUUUCAAGUAUACUGUAUAAGCAUAAUCCAUAAUCCAUAAGUUUUUAAAGUUCAAGAGAAACAAAUUCAGUCAAAAGUAUUCAAACAUUUGACUGGUACUCUGUGUACACGGACAGCUGAUCUUCCUUCGUCAAAAAGCUUUUGGUAACUCAGUUUGUUUGCUUUACAUGGUAGAGACUGUAAUAAUGGGGAAGAGGUGUGACGGUUGCAACUUUUGAACUCCUUUGAACUCAGUCUGCUGGGAAACCAGUCAGGUUUCUGAAGUCACGCAGUGUUGUGGUGUACCCAACAGCAAUGGAAUGCAUGUACUUAAACAGCUGGGGAGUGUGUAUGAGGGUUUGUCUGAGAGUGUGUGGGGGACAUUGAGUGUAUUUGUGUGAGUAAGACAAUAUGUUAGUACAUAUGACUGGAUCUAUAUACAUCGCCACAUAUAUCAUCACAAUAUUAAAAAUGCAUCUGUAUG